CAAACUUGAUCAGCGCCACACCUGAAAUCGUUCAUAUCUAUUUCUGCAGUCUUCUCGAAUGAAAUUUGUUUCAUUCGUCCAUAAAAAUAAGAUACUAGUUCAAGAACUAAAGGAAUAAAUAAGUUACAGGAACUUUUUAAAGGAAAAUGGACGAAUUGAACACUUGGAGGAGGAGCGGAGAACUAUCUGAUUUAACUAUUCAGAUAGAUGAUUCGGAAUUCAACUUGCAUAAAUUUCCAAUGUUUAUUAAGAGCGAUUACCUAAAGAAGAAAAUAUCGGAAUGCAAUGAUAACAAAGCCGUAUUGAAACUUUCAAAUUUUCCUGGUGGAAAGGAAAUUUUUGAGAUUGUUUCCGAAUUUUGUUACGGUGAACGUUCCUCCUUAAGCCAGGAAAAUGUCGUUCAAACAAGAUGCGCCGCCCAUUUACUCGAAAUGGAAACCACUGGUAAUUUGGCGUCAUUUUGCGACAGAGUAAUCGAUGAUCUUUUAAGGAAUGCCAAAAAUUCGAGAUCAACUUCCGUUUCGAUUGAAAUGUUAGCUGUUUGUGAACAACUGGGAGAUAUUAGUGACAAAGCUGGAAUUGUCGAUAGAUGUGUAUCUGCAUUAAUUGAUGUCCUAAGCAUCAGUGGACGUCAACAGGUAACUGAAACUUUAACCGGUUUAAGUUCAAACUGGUUCGAAAAACUACUUGGGGCUGCAAGAAAGAAGAAUAUGAGGCCUCAUAUUAUUGGUGAAAUGCUCAUUUCCUAUCUGCAGAUUUCAUUUAUUUAUGAAAAAGAUGAGACUGAAGAAGAAACCGACAAGAAGAAACAUGUUGAAUUAGCUGAUGAAGAAAGACAGCAUCUCCUCGACGAUGUCCUAUUGAAAGUAUUUAGGGAUGAAAAUAAAGUUGGCGAAAAGCAUGCUCUUCAAGAAAGGCUUAAUCCGGAAUUAGCUGUCAAAUUGCUAUCGGAAGCUGAGAGAUUAAAGUGUGACGUAAAAGACGAUUUAAGAAGACUUUGUGCCAAGUUAGUUCCGAGGUUAAAAGCCCCCGACCUCGCUCAACUUCCUCCAGAAGUUGUUGUUGAGAUGGUACAAGUGGGAGAAACAGAUUCGGCGAAUAAAGAGGCUGCCUGCAAGACUGCCGAUAUUUAUCUCAAAGCGUUGGCCGAUAACAAGCGAUUAGACGCUGAAACGUUUGCGGCCGUUUUGAACGCCGCACCAAACGAUGCAAGAACAAACCACGACAACCUUUUUGAAGUUUUGCACACACUCUUACAGUCAGGUUAG